CAAUUACUACAUUCAUUCCCUGACUUCUUCACGGACUACUUUGUUGUUUGUGUUUAGCAGUUAAGUGGCGCGAGUUUAAUUCCAUUCCGUUUCACGUAACAACAUAGAUUUAGCAAUGAUGAAGAUAGCAGUGACAGUUCUUGCAGUUGUGUGUACGUGCUUUCAGUCUUUUACAGUUGUUCGGGGGGUGUGUAAAGAUAGUGUCGCAUGUGACAGGUACUCUCCGGAAAUCUGUACAGAUCCGCAAUAUUUUGACUGGACCCAUGCCAACUGUCCAUCAUAUUGUAACCUUUGUAGCCAACCAACAGCAGGCUCACAUAUUGGUGUAGGAAAGCUCAUGGAUUCAGACGGCGGAUCACCAACCUGUAAAGAUGCUGUAUCAAACUGCGCUGAGUACGGAAAAGUUUUAUGUAGUGACGUUAAGUUUUACAACUGGGCCAAUGAGAACUGCCGAAAACAUUGUAAUAGAUGUACUUCAAGCUGCGUAGAUAAACUCCCUAACUGUGCGGAAUACGGAUCAGCCGUCUGCACGGAUUUGUCAUUCUACAACUGGGUGGAAAUGAAUUGUCGAAAAUUCUGUGCAAGAUGUACGCCAUGAGGCGGACUCCAACAAUUUAAAUAAAUGACGUCACCAAUUGUGACUCUGACGAAUGAAUCUCCAGUGUGGUUAGACGUCGCACUUGUUUGACUUUCGAACUUGUUCGACUUUCGCUAUUGUUUGUUGAUGUACAUAGUUAAUUUUUACAUGACGCUUAAACUAAAUGUUUUGUAAAAUGAACGGGUGAUGUUAUCGUGUAUUUUUACAAUUUUGAAUCAUUUUGCAAUGCGUUUAAUAAUGUGCUUAUUGUAAAUAUCUGCCAUAAAUAGAUUCUCUUCAACUAAAAACCAUAUAUAAAACAUACGAAAAUGACACUGCAUACACCAAAUCAAGAACAGACACAGGACAUGCACACAAACAUUUUUUUUUGCCAGAGAAACACAGUAUUUUGACGUUAUCAAACAUUGUGACGUGUUUAAUAAACGUCAUUUAUUUCAUGCUUUUGAUCGAAUUACUGAGUUAUUAAUAAAAAAGGAUAUAUUUUGAUAAUUUCACAGUGAUAAAAUGUAAUUUCACGCUUUCCAAUAAAAAAACUACUGCUUAAAAAAAAUCUCCAUGUGAUAUCUUACAUUAAUAUUCGCUUACAGAAUAUUUAUCUGUAAAUUCAGAUAUAACUAGACCUUUUUAUCAAAACAAAAGCUGAAAGCGAUUAAUAAGUAAAGUUAUAAACAUAGUCAAAUGUAAAAAAAACAACUUCAAUUCAUUAAAUCAACUGAUCACUAAACAUUGUUUUUAAUUUUGGGUUUCAUAACAGUCUGAUUUUUAUAAUUUCUUCCACAUGCAAAUAUGCAUCGUUGAGUCAAAUGCAUAAAAUAACUUCCAUAUUUGUUUAUCUAUUUUAUUUGAUCAAACAAUCAUUUCAAGUAAAUAACAAUAUCAGCGCCAUCUAUUAAUGUUUUUUUUUAAAACUUCUAUUUUGCUUUUGUUGAGAAAGUCUCCUGAAAUGGGGAAAGCAGAUUUUAAAAUACUUAAUGUCUUAUUGAAGAAGUGUGAUUUUAACUUAUAUAUAAAAAAAUAAAUAAAUAAAAAAAAAUAUAAAUUUGUUUUGUUUUUAGUGUUAGAUGAACUUUUUAUCUCACCUUUAACAAAAACAAAAAAGUAUCUUCUUCUAUAUACGUCACAAGGAUAUAUCAAUUACUUUGUAUAUUGUAUAGUAUUUAGUAUUUCAUACAUCCGAUUUUCAUUGCGCACAUUUCUUUUGUAUAACUGAUAUAUACAUAAAUUUAGAUGAACUUUAAAAUAUGUAAGAGUACGAGGGCGGGUCAAUAUGUAAUGCAAUAUGAAGUAUAUUUUCUAAUUAACCCGUGUGUAAAUUAUGCUAAUGCUUCAAAGCACCUGCUUUCAAGUAUUACUAAAAUCACGUGUGCAGUUGACCGAUUAAGAAUUUUAUUUAUAUUAAAAACACCUUCCACGAGUAACUUCCUUGUAAACGCUUAGUAUAAUACGCCCAUAUCGCAAGGAUAUCAGAAGGGUCAACGUAUAGAGUCUGAAGAAUCACUUGAAAGAUAAAUA